GUCAGCAGGAUUGUUAAUUGUUAUAAGCACCAGAGAUUUUCAAGAUUUAUCGACUGAAACUUUAAUAGUAUUUUGUCGAUACAUUAUCAUACUUUGAAAAGUUUAGUCGACGCAUAACGAUGAAUAAUAUAUAACACAGAUGGCACUUUGAAAGUUUUACUGUUUUUGGCGCACUUAUUUUAUGUCUCCCGUUUUUCACAGAACCAAAGAAACUUGUGACAAUCUUAUUUUCGAAUUUUCUAUCAUUGUAUGAUUUAAUGUCUUCUCCAAUUUGUAUUAGUGCGAAGCAAAAAUUCACAAUGACAUAACGUUCAUCAAAAAUAUAAGAAUUUUGUCAUUUUACGAUUUAUUUCGACAUUUUAGAAUAAUUGUUUCUUUUCGCCGAAUAAGAAGUUUUGGAUUGUCAAAACCAGAUAAAAUGAAUAUAGUGUGUGUGAUUUGCAGUGAAUUACUGGUACCGUCCGAUGAUGUUUUUCAUACACCAUGUGGACAUAUUUUCCACUUUGGAUGCUUAAUACAAUGGCUUGAAAGAUCAAGGACUUGCCCACAAUGCCGGGAAAGAACAACAGAGAAUAAAAUACACAGGCUAUAUUUCAAUUUCUCAAACAGUGAUAAUAUCAUAGAAGAUUCCACAUCUCUACAGCACAAAGUUGAUAAUCUAACUUUUCAGCUGCAAUUGAAGGACCAAAAUAUUAACAAUCUUACAGAAGUCAAGGAAAAGUUGGAGAAGCAAACAGCUGGUUUAAGACAAGAAGUUAGACACGUUGAGAAGGAAAUAAAUGGUAAAAAUAGUGCGAUUCAUGCACUGAAGGAGCAGAUCAAGUAUUAUAAACUACAAUGUCAAGAUACGAAUACUUAUAAGAAAGAAGCUGAACAGCUGAAGAACAAAAUUGAACAUUUUAAAAAUUUGCAGGCUUUGCUAGAUCCUGCUGUAGAAGAAGUGGAUAAUAUAAUAGCGAUGACUCAUGAUAUUGACAAGCUUAAGACAUAUAUAGUAGCAAUGAAAAAACAAAUAAGAACUGAUUUUCAGAAAAGGAGAGUACUAAGAGAUAAAAUUAAAGUGUUAGAACAGAAACUAAUAACAGUUUCUACAAAAUACCAAUCUUUAUCAGAGGAACACACUAAACGAAAAGAAUUGGAAAAACAAUUAAUUAUCUGUGAAAGUGAAAAAAUAACCUUACAAAAUCAGCUUCUUGAUAUGCAGGCAAGUGCACAUAAAAAAAUCUCUAAUAAAAUAUCUGGAGAGAAGCAAGACAGAUUGAAGAUACAUAAGGACUGUAAUCCUGAAGCAAAAUUUAAUGGGAUAACAAACGAAGAUGUGGUGGAACUUGAUGUUUCUCCAAUACCUCAAAAGAAUGAUAGUGUUGUUAUAGAGUCAAAUAGCACUGAAGUUACUCCACAAAACAUAAAAUCACAAGGUUUUUUCUCAAUGAAGGAUCAUGGUUUUAAAAGAGAGAGAUCUAAUAGCAAUUUGAAAGUACCUUCUAUACUCGCAAAAAAAUCGAAGUUUAAUGCACCAAAUCAAAUUAUCAAUGGUAAUGGUAUGACUUUUGAUGGUUUUGGGGGACACGCCAAGUAUGAUAAAUUUCCUAGUCCGAUUUCUAAUUCACAUGUAAAGAAAAUCAAAGAAGAAGUGAAGAGAUCGAAACUUGACUCUGGUAAUAAUCAGAAACUCAGUGAUCUACUAUUGAUAUAGUGUACGGUGCCUAAAUUGUAAAAGUGAUAUAAAUUAUAAGAAAUCUAAAGACACAAUUUUAUAAAGACUACUGUUUUAAA